UGAUGCAACCAAAAAAAAAAGAGAAAAAAGAAAGGAAAUCUUUCAGCGAAGCUGCUCCCUGUGGCCAGUAGGAUCACAGACGACGAAUUAUUCGCGGACGAAGAUUUAAUGUGUUUGAUGUAAUAUACGCAGUAGGAUUUACGGAUUUAUAUCGCUGCAGAAACCUGGGAUUGUGUUUUGUAUUUUCUUCUCGACGGGCCUGGUUACAGCUCGAUACCUACUGAGAGACUCAAACUCAGGUCCUUUGGUCCUGACAUGGACACAGGAAUUAUACCCGAAAAGAAAAGAGUGAGCUCGGAGCGGAGGAAGGAGAAGUCAAGGGAUGCUGCACGAUGUCGGCGUGGGAAAGAGUCAGAGGUUUUCUACGAGUUGGCCCAACAGCUGCCCCUGCCUCACAACGUCACCUCCAGCCUGGAUAAGGCUUCCAUCAUGAGGCUCACAAUCAGUUACCUGCGUGUGAGGAAACUUCUCACAACUGAUAAGCCCAAGGAAAUGAAGGAAACUGAGCUGGAUAUGCAACUGAACAGCUCCUACCUGAAAGCUCUGGAGGGCUUCCUCAUAGUGCUGUCCGAAGACGGAGAUAUGAUCUAUCUCUCAGAUGUCAGCAAAUGCCUCGGGCUGGCACAGUUUGACCUGACUGGACACAGUGUGUUUGACUUUACACACCCUUGUGACCAGGAGGAACUGAGGGAGCUGCUGGUUCACAGAACAGGCUCCAAGAAGUCCAAGGAAACAAACACAGAGCGCAGUUUUUUCCUUCGAAUGAAAUGCACACUGACGAGCCGGGGCCGCACUGUCAAUGUCAAAUCCGCUACGUGGAAGGUGCUACAUUGUUCAGGUCAUUUGCAUGUACAUGAAAGCGUCACUGAACAGACUCCCAAUGGGCAAAUACAACCACCUUCGCCCUAUUUGGUUUUGAUCUGCGACCCUAUCCCACACCCCUCCAACAUUGAGGCUCCUCUGGACACCAAGACUUUCCUCAGUCGGCACACGAUGGACAUGAAGUUUACAUACUGUGACGAAAGGAUCACUGAACUCAUGGGUUAUGACCCAGAUGACUUGUUGAACCGUUCUGUAUAUGAGUAUUACCAUGCCCUGGACUCGGUCCAUCUCACCAAAUCUCAUCACAACUUAUUUGCAAAGGGUCAAGUCAGCACAGGUCAAUACCGGAUGUUGGCAAAGAGGGGAGGCUUCGUGUGGGUGGAAACUCAGGCUACUGUCAUCUACAGCAAUAAGAACUCUCAGCCACAGUGUGUUGUCUGUGUCAACUUUGUGCUCAGUGAUGUCCAGGAAGAGAAACUGGUCUUGUCUUUGGAACAAACUGAAGAUGUGAGACCAGUAAAGGAGGAGCCGCAGGAGAAAGAAAAAGGAGAAACUGACUACGCAGACAUGCCUCCAGCGGUGUUGAAGGAGGAGAAAGGCCCUGAUCUGGAUGUGAUCAAGCUGUUCAGCCAGAUGGGACAAAACAGCCCACAGGACAGCCUGUACGAGCAGCUGAAGGAAGAACCUGAGGCCCUCACCCUGCUGGCUCCAGCCGCCGGAGACACAAUCAUCUCCCUGGACUUCAGCUGCCCUGAUUCUGAAACCCAGCUCCUGAACGAUGUCCACCUCUACAACGAUGUAAUGCUUCCAGCCUCCAGUGACAAACUGGCUCUGCCUCUUUCUCCGUUGCCACCCAGUGAGCCUCUCCACGUCAGCACUGACACCUCUGUGAUCGAAAAGACUGAGACAUUUGGUCAAACCCCAUCCACAACACCAAGCAGCCACAGAUCGCCACAGCCGGCAAGUCCACUAGACUUUUGUUUUUCCAUGGACACAGACAUGAACUCCGAUUUCAAACUAGACUCUGUGGAGAGGCUGUUUGCCAUUGAUACAGAGCCCAAGACCUCAUUAAGCACCCAGGAAAUGGAAGAUUUGGAGACGUUAGCUCCGUACAUCCCCAUGGAUGAUGACUUUCAGCUGCGUGGUUUGACUCCAGAAGAGCCUCUACGUGGACCAGACCAUUCUCUUCAGAGCACUCCUGUCCACAGCUAUCCCAGCUCCCCUUUCAGCUCACCAGGCAGUUCUACAGCUUCCUCAGUCGCAGCUUCCCCUGAGCCAGAAAGCGCCCCUCAUCUUGCCACAAUCCUUGCUAAGAGGACCUUAUUGCUGGACAAGGAAGUCUCGCUCCAGUCCCUGGCAGCUCAGAACGUACAGCGCAAAAGAAAACUAGAGGGCUCAAAGGAGGACACAGGACAAGGAGCUUUUCCCCAAGAACAGCUGCAGCAAGGGAAAAAACUGAAAGCCUCUGAGUCGGCGAAAACUGCCACAAUCGCACCAAGGACCAUCAUUCUACUGCCUACAGAUUUGGCGAGGAGUCUGCUCGGCACUACAUCAGACGGCAACAGUUGUCUCUUCACCUUGCCACAGCUUACCCGCUACGAUUGUGAGGUCAACGCCCCCUUACAGGGUCGGCAGUACCUCCUGCAGGGAGAGGAGCUGCUCCGUGCUCUGGACCAUGUCAACUGAGUCCGUUUGGUCUGCCCCCUGCUGGAUUAGAAUGGACACUACAGUUUCUCCUCCACACUCCCUCCCAGCGUCCUUUGUCCUUUCCUUAUUUGUGUAUAAAUUUGAUUGUAGUUUGGCUGCUGUUGGCACGCACAUGUGAUAUCUGCAGCAUUCCACUUGUGACAAACAGAGUCACAGCAUCAUGGUUUUAGUGCAAAGAAUUCAGACAUCAAGGGAUGUCCAGGUGUUUUUUUCUUUUUUCCCCAGGGGAGUCUCAGCACACAGCGCCUCUACUGAUGAGCCUUUUCCAGCAGGUCACCACAGAACCUGGCGCUACUGCCAGCAAUGUAUUGUAAGCUUCAGUCGCACAAUUUAUAUUUUCUUAAAGAAAAAUAUUACCAGCAAUAUAUAUUAAGCCUUUUUAAAGUAGUUUCAACAGGAUUUUAACAGUUUUAUUUUUUUCCCAUAACUUGUAUGUUGUAGUACUCCUAAACAAGAUAUCUUUAGACCAGGAUAAUAAAUAUUCUUUAAGCCUAAAGUGGUUUUAAUAUUAUCUCAAUUUAAUAGCUGUCAGUCUUUGCAGUAAAUGCAUUUAAAUGUGUAGCAGUCCAGUACAUGUCACUUUGUUUACUGUGUUACUUUACAUUAUGUCUUUUGUGACUUCGCAGCUUUGACUGUCUUUACUAAAAUGAAUGAGGCUUUCAUCAGUUCAUUUCACUUGUGAUGACAACGGCUCCUGUGGCUUGUCAGAUUGCUCUGUUAAUGAUUGAAUCACACCACAUCAUCGGGUCUCAAGCUUCUUGUUGCUGUCUAACAUUAAAAGUCUUUAUUACAAUAUA